AUGGACACGACACCUCCGCAAGAACGUGAGCCGAAGCAUGAAGUGAAUUCCCCCCUGAACAGGGCUUCGCAACGUCAGGCCCAGAAUUCGGUACAUCCUCCGGCUGCAGCCGUUGUAGGGCCGCGCGCCGCUGCAGCAGCAGCAGCCCCUGCAACACAACUCGCGACCUCACAAGGACCACAGCUGAAAGGCGCCGAACAAACUUCAACUACGGUUCCUCAGCCGAUGGCAGCAGCGGCUGCACCGGCAGCAGCAGCAGUUGGUGGUGGUCGGAAACGUGGCAGACAGCCAGGCUCGAAAAAUAAGCCGAAAACAGAUGCAGCACAAUCCGGUGCAGCAGCACCACCAGAUAUUGUGCCCCGAACAUCUCUGGUACGACGGAUACGCGAGGAUUACGAGUUCGAUUCGGAAGACGAGCGAAGCGCCCUACCGAUGAGCUAUGACGAGAAACGACAGCUCUCGCUUGAUAUCAAUAAAUUACCUGGCGACAAGCUGAGCAGUUGUGAGCAUAAUCGAAUCGAGAGAGCAGCUGCCGGGUUUCAAUCCGGAAGAAAUUGA